CCCUUCCUCUCCUUUCUCCGGACUAAAGGUCUGACUCCGGCGCCGCUUGAGGCCUGUUUGCGGAUCCCGCACAAACCAGCACCAUGCCCAUGACACUGGGGUACUGGGACCUCCGCGGGCUGGCCCACGCCAUCCGCCUGCUCCUGGAAUACACAGACUCAAGCUACGAGGAAAAGAAAUACACGAUGGGGGACGCUCCUGACUAUGACAGAAGCCAGUGGCUGAAGGAAAAGUUCAAGCUGGGCCUGGACUUUCCCAAUCUGCCCUACUUGAUUGAUGGGGCUCACAGGAUCACCCAGAGCAACGCCAUCCUGCGCUACAUUGCCCGCAAGCACAACCUGUGUGGGGAGACAGAAGAGGAGAAGAUUCGUGUGGACAUUUUGGAGAACCAGGCUAUGGACACCCGGAUGCAGCUGGCCAUGAUCUGCUACAACCCAGAAUUUGAGAAAGUGAAGCCAAAGUACUUGGAGGAACUUCCUGAAAAGUUAAAGCUCUACUCACAGUUUCUGGGGAAGCGGCCAUGGUUUGCUGGAGACAAGAUCACCUUUGUGGACUUCCUCGCCUAUGACGUCCUUGACCAACAGCGUAUAUUUGAGCCUGGUUGCCUGGACGCCUUCCCAAACCUGAAGGACUUCAUGUCCCGAUUUGAGGGUUUGAAGAAGAUCUCUGCCUACAUGAAGUCCAGCAGAUUCGUCCCAGGUCUUUUGUUUGGAAAGGCAGCUACAUGGAACAGCAAAUAAGGCCCUGGGUUGCCAGAAGAUGGGAGGGAAGAGCUCCUGCCGCCUGGGCAGAACGCUGGAGAACAGCCUGACUCCCAGGACCAGACUUCUUCCUUUUUCCUUCUUUCUACUGUCUUCUGUUCCCCAAGGUUUCACUGUCUUCCUUUCUUCUAACGUGAGCCCUCCCCGCAUUGAGACUCUUUAAAGCUUCAGCUCCCCACUCUCCUCCACCAAAGUUCCCCUCCUAACAUCUCCCUUUGCCUGCACUAACGCCAACCUGACUGCCUUUCCUAUCAGUGCUUGUCUCUUCUUUGAGAAGCCAGACUGAUCCCUGAGCUCCCCAGCACUGUCCUCAAUGACCAUCUACAGGCCCUGCUCCCUUUGCUGGGUCUCUGUACCCCAGCCCUGUGUGAUGUCCAAUAAAGCCUUAACCAUGCCUGA